CAAAAAUUUAAAUGUCCUCAAUUCAAAAUUUAUAAGUUUUUCACAUUGUUUAAAUAAAUAAUUAUUUUAUUAAUAAUAAAUAAUUGAAUACAGUUGUAUGAAUUAAAUUUAACAUGGUUUUGACUAAAGAAUACAGAAUUUGUAUGCCAUUAACUGUAGAAGAAUAUCACAUUGGUCAACUCUACAUGAUAGCCAGACACAGCCUGGAACAAUCCGGAGACGGCGAAGGAGUUGAAGUAGUAGAAAACAAACCUAUCGAAGACCAGGAACACGGAAAAGGCCAAUACACUGAAAAACGAAUCCAUUUAUCCAACCGUCUUCCUUAUUGGGUUCAAGCAAUAUUACCAAAAAUCUUCUAUGUAACUGAAAAGGCAUGGAACUAUUAUCCUUAUACAAUUACUGAUUAUACUUGUUCCUUUAUACCAAAAUUCCACAUAUCAAUCCAGACAAGAUACGAAAACAACAACGGAUCAAGUGAAAAUUGUUUGAAUUUGACACCGGAACAAUUGGCCGAAAGAAUCGUUGAACACAUUGAUAUUGCAUAUGACGAAGUGUCUGCCAAACACUACAAAGAAGAAGAAGAUUUGAAAUUUUUCAAAUCAAUUAAAACAAACCGAGGCCCUUUGGUAGACGGUUGGAGGACCAAUUUCCAACCAAUCAUGUGCAGCUACAAACUAGUCAAUGCGUACUUUGAGGUUUUUGGUUUGCAGACUAAAGUAGAAGAAUUUAUUCAUUCAUGUAUUCGUGAAGUACUUCUUUUGGGACACAGGCAAGCGUUUGCUUGGGUAGACGAAUGGAUCAAUAUGACAAUGGACGAUGUAAGAAGUUACGAGUCUCAGUUGCAGCUGCAAACGAAUACUUUACUCAAAGACACGGUUCCUAAUGAAAAUUCCAGUGAGGCACCUGAAACGCCUAAAACCCCCAAAAGUCCCAGCAAAAAAGGAUAUUUUAGUUGGUUUUAGACGGUUUCUGGUGUCCAAGUUUAAUGAGUUUUAUGAAUUCGUCAAUUGUAUGCCGCAUUAGAUGAUGGUUUUGUUUGAAUUCAGGAUUUUUUUUAAUGAUUUUAUAGUUUAUUAUUGUAAAUUUGAAGUUUCUAAAUAAAUGAAGCUGCUACUUUAUAUUGAA